AUGUCCUCUCUAUAUGGAAGCGAAGACCAAAGUCAAGAAUCAAGUCCUGAACCCCAGGUUCCACUCAAUGAUCAAACAGAUGCCCCGAUCAACGCCGAUGGACCAAUCAUUGCCGAUGAUUUCAGUGAUGAAGAUAGUGAAUUUAGCAGCGAUUCUGAUAUAACCUCCCUUUCUUCGAGUGUUCUGGAUUAUGAAUAUGAAAAUGGUCGGCGGUUGCCAAAUGAUGAAGAGGAACAAGAUCGAAUGGACUUGCAAUCAAGAUGGCUGCUGAUGUUGAAGGGAGAGUUACACAAAGCUCCAGUCAAAAAUCCCCAAAAGAUCCUCGAUCUUGGAACAGGCACUGGCAUCUGGGCUCUUGAUAUUGCCGAGAAAUUCCCCACCGCCAAGGUAAUCGGAAACGACAUCAGCGCCAUCCAACCAAACUGGGUGACCCCGAACGUGGAGUUCAUCGUCGAAGACUUCGAACAGGAAUGGCUGUACGAGAAAAACAGCUUCGACUUCAUCCACGCACGUCUACUAUCCGGGUGCGUCGCAGACUGGCCUCAAUUCUUCGCGCAAAUCUUCGACCACGUAAAACCAGGCGGCUACUUCGAGAUCCAAGAAAGCGCCAUCUGGGGUUGGAGCGAUGACGGUACCCUUAAGCCCGACGCGCCGAUUCUGCAGUACCUGCAUGCCCUCAAUAUGGCCGGGAUAGCAAUGGGACGCGAGUUCAAUAUCUACGAUAAACUGGAACAGUGGAUGAUUGAUGCGGGCUUUGAAGAUGUGGAGCAGUUCACGUUUCUUCUGCCGUACUCGCCUUGGCCGCGUGAUCCGCACCUGAAGGAGUGCGGGAAGUAUCAGGGUGUUAUGGUCCAGCAGGCUAUUGAGUCGUAUGGGUUGAGGCUCUGUACGCAGGUUCUUGGUUGGGGCGCGGAGCCCACGCGUGUCUUUCAGGCUAUGGCUAAAAAGAACUUGAGGGAUAAGAAUGUGCACGCUUAUGUGAAAGAGUGA